AGGCAGCGCGCUCCUCUCUGCUGUGCGCUCCGCUCUCCAGAGCAGCGCUGCCGGAGGAUCCACUCGCAGCGCGCAGCUCUUUCUGGAUGGAUUUCUGCUUAGCCCCCCAAAUGGCUCUCCCGCGACCCCGCGCAGCCUCUUCAGACCUCGCGCGCCAGUGACGUACGCUGCUGUGCCCCUCCCCGCGCCUUCUUAUGUGUUUCUUCUUUUUUUUUCUUUUUUGGUUUCUUUUUAAACCCCCGCUUUAAACUUUAAAUGCCCCGUCCUCAGCGCGCUCCCGCUGCGGGGCCAUGCUGAGCCACCGCCGCGCGGCUCCUCUGCUGCUGGCUCUCAGCGCGCUCACCAUCGCCGGACUGGCGCGCGCCUGGAGCGACGACGACCUGCUGCUGCCGCCCGUUAACUCCACCGCGCGCUUCCUGGCCAACCUGGAGGUGGACGUGGCUUACGCGAGAGGCUCCUCCACCUCGGCUGCUUCUUCCACCUCCUCCUCUUCCUCCUCUUCCUCCACCUCCUCCACCGCGACAUCCUCCGGCGCGUGCAACGUGAGUGUGGAGCGGCUGCCCGCGCGGCUGGUGGCGCGCUGGGACGGCGCGGUGGGCUUCCGCUGCGACGUGCUCGUCUACACGACCAACACGCACGGCAAAGCGUUCUUCUCGGCCGCCUUCAGCCGCGCCGUCUCGCCCGUCUUUAUCGAGCACGUGGGGCUCGCGGGCGGUCAGCAGGAGCUGCGGCUCUGCGUGGGCUGCGGCGGCGCGGGAGGAGCCCGGCAGCACCGGAGAGCCGGCGCCGUGCGCUUCUGCUGCCUGGACUUCGCCCUGGACGAGCUGAAGGGGGACCGGAGCUGGAGGCUGAACCGCAAGCCCAUCGAGUCGACCCUCGUGGCGUGUUUCAUGACUCUGGUCAUCAUCGUGUGGAGCGUUGCUGCCCUCAUCUGGCCGGUGCCCAUCAUCGCGGGCUUCCUACCCAACGGCAUGGAGCAGAGAAGACCCCGAUAAGGGGAAGAUGCGUUAAAGGGGCUCACCGGGCCAACAGGCUGCUUCGGCGUGUAGGAUACUUUGUGAAAUAGUGAAAUUAUGAUGUUUAAAGAUGAAGGAAAACAUGUUAUUCUUUCUAAAAAUCGAUUCAAUGUGAAUACGCGUGGACUGAGCUAUUCUACUAGCCUAGCUGGGAUUUGUUUUAUAAAUCUAUUAACUAGAGUAAAAUAGCCUGUUCUGUUUCAUUCAGGUGUCCCUUCAAAUGUUUGUAACGUUUUUUUAUUAUCUUGAAAUCUCUUAAAGUUUGUCGAGACACGUUUUUUAAGCAUUAGCACUAACCGAGUGAGAAUUUAGAAAAAUGAGCAAACCUGUUUUGUAUUGUUGUUGCCUACUGUAAGCCUAAAGGCCAGCUUAUCACACCUGUAUUUGUAAGAGCUAAUAAAAUGUGAUUAGA